AUGGGGAUUGAAGAAGAAAUACAGGAGAAGGUCGCAAAAGCACUGGAAGCCGAGCACGUUGCCUGUACCGACAUUUCGGGUGGAUCGUCCUGCGAUGGUGGCUAUAAAUUGGAGCUAAUUGUUGUGAGCCCCAAGUUCGAAGGGGUGGCGUUGCUCAAGCGGCAUCGGAUGGUCAAUGAGAUUUUGCAGGAAGACAUGAGCAAAAUUCAUGCUCUCACCAUGAAGACAUGGACGCCAGCGCAAUAUGAGAGUAAAAAGUAA